AUGCCUCCUAAGGGAAAAGAUCCAAAGAAAGGAGCUCCAGUUGGAAACUACAAAGCUGGAAAACUUAUGAAAGAUAUACUUCCCCCUAAUACUAAACCACCAAGAGAGGGCGGUUAGAUUAAAUGUGAGGGGGAUCCAGAUGUUUUGAGGACAUACGCCUACGAGCCAUAUCAAAACUUCCCAGAGUGGGUUUCCAACGAAGAUGCCAAGAAUCACGACUUCACAGCUGGAUUUUAAAAGCAUGAUGAUGGCAGUUAUCAGAAAUUUGAAGAUCACACUCCUAUUUAUCUACCUCCUAGUUACAAGGAAUACGAGAAGGGUGAGAUCAUGUGGUUAAGACCAGAGGAGUACCUGAGAGAAAUAGCCUACGACAGUGAAAUGGCCAAGAGAAGACAGGAAAAGAAAUAGCAAAUUAAGAGGAAGAAGACGAUCAGAAAGCAGAGCAUUCUGUCUAUAGGAAAUGUCAACAAUCUGGAGGAAAACUUGAAUCAGCUAAACAGCAAGUUAGGUGGCGAUGACAAGAAAGAAGGCAUAGUCAAUAGAGACGAGUUACAGUUCGAUAUGAUUUGCAUAACUUAUGAUCAAAGACUUGAAACUGAAGAAGAGGUAAAAAAGAGAAAGGACGAAGCUGAGAAAUUAGCAGCUGCUGAUAAGAAUGCCAAAAAGAAACCACCUGCUAAAGGUGCUCCAGCCUAAAACGAUCCCUUAGAUGAACCAUAGAUGAUAAAGGUACCAGUUGAAAAUACUAUGGAUAUGGGAUUCCUCAUGCCUAUUUACUCUAAAUGGGUGACUUCGCAACUUCAGUUCAUUAAGGACAGAAGCAUCAGAGACUGCGAAUCUAGAGAGCCUAUUUGGCAAAGAAUAUAUCCUUAAGAAAAUGGCAUACCUGUGAUCUCUCCUACAGGAAAGUACUAAAUUAAGAUAAGAUUCAUGGGUAAAGAAAGACUAGUUGAAAUUGAUGACAGAAUGCCUUGUGAUUCUAAGAAAAAAUUAAUGUUCCCUAGAUCAAUUAACAACUUUGAAAUUUGGCCUUAACUUUUACUCAAAGCUUUACUGAAGGUCUACUCUUACAAGUGGUUUACACCACAAGCAUACUUUGACUAAGAAGUUGGUGAUGGAUCCAUCGUCUACUCUUUGACAGGUCUUAUUCCAGAGCCAGUUGCUAUCAAGGAUUUUGAAAAGGAAGGACUAGAAUUAUUCAGAAAAGUUCUCUCAGAUGACCACUACUUCAACAAAAAGACUUAUGUAACUUGCUAUUGUGACAAUGAAUUCAGGCCAAAGUUGCCAUCAUAGACCACUACUCUGAAGAAGAUUGAUUUCGGUCCAAAUCAACCAGCUCAUUCUAACUCAUUAGCUGAUAAAGGUUCAUCAAUCGAAGUAGAAUCUGAACCAUCAUCUGGAGUGUCUGUUACCUCUUCAGGUAGAAUGCUAAACAGACUUAGAGAUGCUGCUACAAUGGCUAUCUCAGUUACCACUGGCAGAAAACUGAACAUUACCAACAAGAGUAGCACCUCUUCCAAUGUCAUAACUGGUUUUGGCUAUGCUUUGAUGGACAUCUUCGAGAACUAAUUCGUUGAUAUGGAUUCGAUUGUCAAGAAAAACGAUGAAAUUGAGGAAGUCAAGAGUCCAUUCAUCUCUCCUGCCAAAAAGAGAAGAGAAAAGGGACUAUCCAAGGAAGAAUGGAAGAAAAAGAGAAGAGAGGAAAAGAAGAGAGAGCAAGAAGAGAAGGAAAGAAGGGAAAGAGAACCUCCUAAGCAAUUUAGUCUGGUCAAGAUCAAGACAUCAGUCGGUCACUAUCCAGUUAUGAACUAUAUGAGCACCUUCACUAAUGAUGAAAUCCAUGAAGGUAAGAAAUGCCUACUUAACAGAAUGAGAAGACCCCCUGAAAUAGAGAGAGCAGAUUCACCAAUAACAGCUAAAACUCAACAUCAACACAAGCAUCACGGUGGCUUCUAGCUUAAUGUAUAGGCUCUAGACCAGAAUGCAAACGCCAACGAAACAAAAUAAGGAGAUGAUCACAGAUAGGAAGAAGAGAAAAGACAAAUGGUGGAACCAAAAACCAGAGCAGCUGGUGGUGUCUGGCUUCUUGCUAGUGAUUUCCCUUUCAGUUUCUAGCAUAUGAUAGUCUAUCACAACAUUAACAAGUAUAGUAACAUCUAAACUUUCAGUGAUAAAUGGCAAGAUCCAACUCAACCAUAUAUUAGCAAUGAAAAAGAUAUAGUCAUCAAACUUGAAUUAGAUGAAGAGGCUUUAAAAUCUGUCCACUAGCAUCAAUCUCAAGCAUAAUCUCUAGAUAUAAGCAAGCAAAGUCACAAUAACUCUGCUUUUAUAGAACCCACAAUAGGAGGAGAGGAGAGCCGCAUUGAUGGCCUUUCAAAAUUAGAGUAUUAACUUUUGCCUGGAGAAAUUAUUCCUUAGCCAUAGAAUAUAGACUAGAUACUACUAGCGUUUGCUCCUCAUCCAAGCAAAGAGCCAACACAAGUUCUUCCCAGAUAUCUAAUGAGACUGACUUAGCUUGAUGCAGGAGGUAGUGCUGGGUAGUAAUCUCUAGCAUCUGCCAGAGGAAAGUAGAAUCAAGAAUUAGCUUAAGAAGACAAACCAAUUGAUAUGAUCUUCAAGUCCUACCUAGAAGGAAAGUUGUUGACUGUUAAUGGCCUUAAUCAGGAGUCUAAUUGCAUCUGGUUAAAGCCUAACAUAAUUGCUCCAUAAGGAUUUACUAUUUGGGCAGCUGGACUUGUUAGGAAAAUUUCUAUCCUUCCUAAAUCAGACUAUCUAAUCCAUCAAAAGUAGUUUUUCCUUAAGUCUUAUUAAUCUGAAUUCCUGCCAAUUGAGAAGGGAAAAUAUUAACUUUUUGGUAAAUUUGACUUCAAUGUCAAUGACAGUGACUUGACUAUGCAUUUGAAAGUAGAUGUCCCUAAUGAUAAGUUCUUGCUAAAAUACAUGCGUAUGAAAAUCAUAGAUAAAAAUGAUAAUAACAAAAAAUAUCCAACACAAACGGAAAAAGAAUUGCUGCUUAACUAGAUGAAACUAGAAAAUAUGGUAUUUAAUCCUAAUAACGGUAAGGGCUAUUCCAUCAUAAUCGAGGGUGUGAUGCCAUAUAACACUACCGAGGGUUAAUUAUAACUUGAGGUGCUAACAAAUAAGGACAAUUUCUAGCUAGAGGAGAUUUAACAUGUCGAACCAUUAGAGUACUCUGACAAGUACUUCCCCAGUAAGUACGGAAUCAUCUUCAAGGAGAAGGUAUAUGUUGGGCCAGAUCACACAUCAGGUGCUGUAAAUAUAAAACUAAAGAAGGAGGGAAGAGAGUUUGAUAAGAUAGAAGGCAUGCAAAGACUUUUCAAAGUGUAAGUACUUGAUCACGGCCACGUCAUUUACCAAAAAGAAGGCUAUAAUUAAGUUACGAUCUCGCAUUUCAUGUUUAGAUCUAACCAUCAAUUGCCCGAAUCAUCUGAGAACCCAGAUGAUGAAACUAAGCACUCCUAUGUCAUCCAAGCUUUAUUCGACCUGCAUGAGUGGCCUGAUUGCAAAACUGAGAAUCAAAUCUCAGCUGAUAUAACUUGGCAUCUCAAGAUUUACUCCUCUGAAACAUUGGCUAUUGUAAAAGAUACUGAUAAAGAGGACAAAGAAAGAGCUUUGAAGGCUUCUUGGGAAACUGCUGAGCCUGGCAGAGCUGAAAAGGCUAAAAGAUCAAGACUCAAGUUCCUUUACCAACAGAUGCUUGCAAAUGGAGAACAAUUGACUGAGGAACAAAGAGCGAUUGCCUCUGAAGUAAGAGAAAGAAUUAGAAAGAAGGAUGAACCAGAGCAGCCAGUCAAGGGUGGUAAAGGUGCCCCAGCAAAAGGAGCUCCACCAGCCAAAGGAGCACCAGCUAAGUAAGAAUAGAAGAAGCCAGGUGCUGCUGCUAACAAUGGAGGUGAAGAAGUUGAAGAGAAAAAUAGGAGACCUCUUCCCGAGCCUGAUUAACAUGUUAACAAUGAAAUUAGAACUUUCUUGCAACAUUACAAGAGUGAUAGACUAAUUCACAUAUCCUGUGACAAGUCUACCCAAGCAAGAUAGAGAUCUGAGCAUGAAAAGAAAGGUAUGGCUGAGCAGAGAUAAAAGGAAAGAGAGCUUGCAUUGCAAGACAUUGAAUAGGAAUAGCUAAAGCGAGAGCAAUAAAAGGACCAGAGAGAGAAAUUCAGAGAGGCUGUAUUCAAGGGAGACAUUGAGGCAGAGCGAAACAAGUAUAAGGAAAAAAUGUCGUCCGUGAUGGCUGAAAGAAACAAGUACAGAGAAAUGAUAUCCCAGAGAAAAGAAAAGGACAAGAAUCUUCAAGAUUUGAUUGCAAUGGAGAAGAUUGAUCUAGCUGCUCUUUCUAAGGCUAUAGAGGAAGCUAGAGAAAAUCUAGUCAGAGAAGAAGUCAUAGUAAAGGGAGAGAAGUAUCUCUCUUGGCUUAAAUACUGCAAGGAACUCGAGUCAAUGCUUCAGCAAGCUCUAGCCGAGAAGGUCAAGGAGAACUUAGCAGCUAUAAUAGAAAGAAUAGAAAAAGAACAGAUAGUAAUAGAAGCUAAGAUGCUAAACGAUGCUAAAAAUACUCUCUCUAAGAUGAAGUGA